UGGGCAAAUCAGUCGACCAGACCAGAAAAUGAGCGCAGCGACAGCAGCCGCGGUCGGAGGGACGAGCUCAGUGACGCCCUUCCAGCUCGUGCCCAUGAUUGAGAACGUGAUUGAGGAUCGCUCGUCCAAGGCCGAGAUCACGAGCGUCGAGCUCUGGGACAACAACGUCUACGUCGGCACAUCAGACGGCUUCCUUCUCUACUUUGUUCUCGAACGCGGCGUGUCGCCCACCGGCAAGACGACCUACCAAAGCCGCCUCGAGUCCAAGAAGCAUCUCGGUUUGGGCAAGAAGGCCGUGGACAAGAUUCUCGCCGUUCCUCGCCACCAAAAGCUGGUCGUGGUGUGCAAUGGGACGAUGAUCAUCAUGCACAUGUACAACCUGAAGGUGGAUACGUCGGCGAACGGGACGCUCAAGAAUGUGGGGCUGGUUUGUCACGACGAGGCGUCGCGAUCGCGGUCCAGUUUGGUGGUUGCGCGCCGAAAGUCUGCCACUGCAAAGGCCCUGUGCUUGUACCGGCUGACGGAAGAGCUCACGGGCGACGCAGAGUUGCCGGUGCCAGAGCUGCCACUUGCGAUGGCUCGGUUUGGCAAUGCCAUUUGUCUCGCCUUUCCUCGCGCCUAUUCGAUGAUGCACAUUGAUCAGGGAGCAAUGAUUGAGCUCUUUGCAUUCGACGUGCAAGUCACUCGGCCAGCUGUGAAGGUUGUGGGUGCAGGCGAAUUCUUGCUCGGUGUCACAACCUCCCUCGACACCCUUGCCAUGUUUGUGUCCGAGGCUGGCACGCCCUCACGCGCUCCGCUCCAGCUGUCAUCAAACCCCCUCGGUGUCGGCUACAAUCACCCGUACGUGGUCUCCAUGUGCGACGAUGUGGUACAAGUCCACAGCACCAUCGAUCAGCUGCUCAAGCAAUCCGUGCCCUUCCGAAGCGGCCGUACACUGACCGACUGCAACGGCAACAUUGUAGCGGCUACGCAUCAAGUCAUCUAUGCACUGGAUCCGGUGCCAGUCUCGUCUCAAAUCCAAGGCAUGCUCCGUGAGCGGCGGGUUAGCGAGGCCUUAACGCUUGCGGAUGAAGCGCUUCCGCACGAUUCCGAUGAUUUUGACGGCCAGAAGCGGAGACGCGCCCUACGACGCAUCCAACAACAAGCUGGCUUUGUCUAUUUGGCAAUGCAAUCGUUCGAGCAAGCAGAAGAAAUGUUUACAAAAAGCCUACUCGAUCCGCGCGAAUUGGUCGUAUUAUGCCCAUGGCUGAUGCCCAAGUUGAGCAUGUUUCGUCCAGAACGUCCACCACUGCACGCGUUCCAAGAUAUGAAGGGCGUUGUUGGCGAAACGCCCGAAGCCAUGCACAGUGCACAUGCCUUCCUGCUCAAGUAUCUUGAGUCUAUUCGCGACACACGGCUUGCGAUCGGGAAGCGAGACGAAAUUGACACGGCGCUGCUUCGUAUGUACGCCGAUGCGGCCGCUGCAACUCUACCAGACACCAACUUUAUUUCCCAAACAGUACGACCGGGCGUGGGGCUGUCCUUGGAGAGCAGCAACGGAGCCACGACCAAAUCGGACGUUGCGAUUGGCUCCUCGAGCAUGGCAACAUCCUCCUCGGGCGCUGCGACCGAGCCGGACAGCAGCAAAGCGCAGCACCGCUAUGCAAAGCAAAAGCUGCUCAAACGUCUCCGGGAUCACCAAAGCAAGCUGCAACUCACUCCCAGCAAGGUUGUGUCGCCCGAAAUGUCGCGGCUGAUUGCAUUUGUGAAUCAGCCCAACAGCUGUGCGGCAGAGGACUGCGAGGACCAUCUGCAGCAACGACAGUUGUACCACGCCUUGGCGCUCUUUUGCGCUCAUACCGGCAAGGUGCGCAAGGCGCUCGACACUUGGCUUCAGCUGGACGAGAAGCGGUUGGCCGACCCGUCGUACGGCGGCCUUGGCCACAUGAUUGACCUUUUGCGCACGACGACCAGCGUCGAGCUGGUGCGCCGCUUUGGAGAGUACGUGCUGCAUCAGGAUCCGCGCGAGGGUGCCAGAAUAUUUACCGAGCGACUUGAUUUGGUGCGCGCAAGCGACGAUGCCUCCAUUCUAUCGCCAUCGUCCUCUGCUUCUCUGCCAGCCUCUUCGUCGGCAGUUGCGCAGUCUGUUUCGCUCGGCCAAAGUGCACCCGUGCAGGUACCGCUACAACUCGCUCCAGACGACAUUCUUGAAUUUCUGGGCAAGUUUGGCCGAAUCCCGGUCGUUGCGUACCUCGAGUUUCUCUUGCAAAACUUGUCCUUGGAGGAAAAGUAUCACACGCAGUUAGCUCUGCUCUACCUUGACGACGUCCAGGAGCAGUUCAAGCUUGUCAAAAGCUCGCAGGCGACAGACGACGAUCGGCAAAACCUGUCUGAUGCGCGUGGACGCUUGGCCGAGCUGCUGGAGACGUCCAACUACUACCGCGUUCCAGUGCUACUCGGUCGGAUUCGUGACACUGAGCUGUACUCUGAGUGUGCGAUUCUUUACGGCAAGAUGGACGAGCACGAAAAGGCGCUCUCGAUUCUCGUGCAUCGAUUGCAGGAUUUCAAAGGCGCUGAACGGUAUUGCGCCGUGACGCAGGGCGUUGGGCGAGAAUUUCGUCGCAAUUUGUAUCUCACACUGUUAAAGGUGUACAUGACUCCGGUGGGAGGCGGCGAGCCGCUCGUCAUCCCGGCUGUUGACCUGCUGAACAACCAAGGGUCUCAUUUUGACGUCGCGAAGGUCAUGGAACUGCUCCCGUCAGACUGGUCUAUCAAUCUCGUCAGCCAGUUUUUACAGCGCGGCAUAGACGAAAAUCUGCGACACGCACGAGAGUUGAUGAUUGUCAAGAAUUUGCUUCGCGCGCAGUACAUUUCGACGCGCAACGAACAGCUCUCGCUGCGUCGAGGAGGAGUCCUGGUCACGGAAUCGACCACUUGCAAUGUGUGCAGCAAGUUGUUUUCGCAUGAUGCAGCCGUUGUGCGCUAUCCAAAUGGCGUCGUAUGCCAUCUACACUGCUGUCGACCCAACAAGUCCGAGUGUCCGGUGACUGGCGUGUUUUUCAAUCGCGAGCGUCGGUAGCUCUUGAUUGUUUGUUUGUUGCUUUUUUUUUUUCAUUUCGAGGGUUUUGUGUUGUGCGCAGACUCUCUUUGUUCAAUAUCAUGUACUAUUUCCCCGCCC